AUGAAGAGAGAUGGGUCGCUUAGAGCGGGGUCUGUUCUCGGUCCCGCAAGCAGAUCGUCCCCUAGACGGAAAGGGCAAACCGCAGGUGGAAACUUGGGUAAAUCCCCCCGUGCUGUGAAGAGCCAGGUGCAGCGGCGGCAGCAGGGGAAGCAGGCGUCGCAGGGACGGCCGAAUACUCCCUGUCAGGUAGACACGAGCACGAGAGGAGGACAUGAUGGGUGCGGGCUGGAAGAGGAUGGGAGUCGUUUGAAUGGAGAGUGUUUGGGAAAUGACGGUGCGAUUUGUAGGGAGGCUGGUGGUGAAGAAAGCGGGGAGGAUGAAGGAGUGGGGUGCGGUGCUUGUGGCGUUUCAAUGGGUGGUGAGCCUAGCAAGGAGGUGUGUGCACCGGGGUUUGGUGGCACAGGAAACGGCAGCAGCAGAGGGAGAGGAGCAACGGGGAAGGGAAAGCAGGCGUAUGGAGUGGCUACACUUCGUUCUGAUGCGGUUGAGAUGGAUACAGAUGGGGAGGGAGACGAAGGGGAGAGGCGACUAGCAGUGAGACUAGACAGUUUGGAAGGAGAAGAGGAGGUGAGCGCAGGGGAAACCGUUGUCCUCGUUAUAGGCAGCGGAAACACUGGCCUUACAACGGGGGUUGUCAUGACUCCAGGCAGAACGAGGCGGAAGAGAGAGGGGGAAAGGACGGGGGGCCGGGGGAGAGGUGGAGGUGCGGGCAUGGGGCAAGGCAGGGUGAGAGGGACGGUGGGAGAGAGAAUACGACAGCUGGAGAUAGCUGCAGCAAGUGCGGCUGCGGCUGCAGGUGUGGGGAGGGGUGCGGUUGCAGGGAGGAAAGGGAGAGGAGGAGCAGCUGGAGUUGCUGCUGCUGCUGCUACUGCUGGUGCUGCUGCUGCUGCUGCUACUGCUGGUGCUGCUGCUGCUGCUGCUACUGGUGGUGAUGCUGCUGCUGCUGCUACUGGUGGUGAUGCUGCUGCUGCUGCUACUGGUGGUGAUGCUGCUGCUGCUGCUGGUGCUGGUGGCAGGGUUAAUGCUCGUAGAGAGUGGGGCCCCAAGGGGAGGAAAGCUGCAGGGCUUGCUGGGGAGACAGUAGGAGCAGAGAUUGGCAGUGGGAAGAGGAAGGAGCAGGGGAUUGAAGGUCGUGGUGAGAAUAAGAACGGGGAUGGGGAUGGGGACGGGGGAUGUAGUGGGGAGGAUGCAUUGGGAAAGGGCUUGGGUGUGGGAAUGGGGGGUUUACCGGUGCUUACUGUGGGAGGAGCAGACAGCCGAGCGGUUUUUGAGGGUGCUGUUGUGAGUGUUGCCGCUCGCGGUGCUGGUACACGCGGGGCGGCAGGGGCGGCAAGGGGGAGAAAGGGAGGGAAGAAGGGGAGUGGUGCGGGAGAAAGGAGGUUGUCUGGAGCAGGAUGGUCGUCGGGAGGAGAAGGGGAGGGCAAGAGGAGCAGGGGGAAGGGUGGUGGUGGUGGUGGUGAUGGUGGUGAGGGCGAAUCAGUGGUGGUGGAAUGCUGGAAAGAGGAUGAAGCAGUGGAUACUUGUGAGGGGAAUGUGGUAACACGGUUACUGGGAUACAAGGGAGCAGAGAGUCCUGAUCAAGGUGGCAUGGCUUCUCAAGAGGAACGAGCGUCAGUGUGUGACGAGAGACGAGACGAGAUAAGAGAGGGGAUGAGAGAGGGGAAGAGCGAUGAGAUGAGCGACGACACGAGGGACACGACAAGAGGGGAGAUGAUUAUGAGAGGAGGGGGUUUGGAAGAGUGUGGACAAGGGGUGGUGGAGGGAGGACAGCGCGUGCUGGUUAGUGAAGGAGGGUUGUAUCUUCGAGAAGGAAAGGAGCUGGGGGUGGAGGUGGAGAGAAGGGAAGCGGACGAGGAAGAAGAAGCAGGAGAGGGGGAGGAGUGUGACGAGGAGGAGGAGGAAGAGAGGGAGGGGGAGGUUGUGUGUCACGAGCUGCGACUGAGUGUGGAAAUGGAGGAGCAAGCGAGACAGGCGUUGGAGGGGGGAGAGAGUGUGCUGCUGGUUGAUGACGUGUCAGGACGGGCCUAUCAGCUGCUGCCAGCUGUCGUCGUGGAGGGGGUGGGCGUGGAUGGAGGGAGGGAGGAGGGGGAAGGUAGUGAUGAGGAAGAGGAGGAGGAGGAAGAGGAGGAGGAUGGGGAUGAGGGUGAGUGUGAUUGUGGGGAGGAGGAGGUGGAGGAGGAAGAAGGGAAGGAGGGUUCAGAUAAAAAGAGGGAGGCAAUGGUGAUGGAGGCAGUGGAAUGGGAGGAGGAUGGAGGGGAGGAUGAUAAGGAAAAGGAGGAAGUGAGGGACGAGGAACGAGAGGAUGCGCGGGAGGGGGAGGAAGAGAAGAGGAGGAUGAAGGAGGAGGAGAGGAGAGGGAUGGAGAGGGAAGAGUGGGAAAGGAGGGGACAGGAGGAAGUAGCUGGUGGAGAGGAGGCAUGGGCAGCAGAAUCUGGCGUUGCUGGUGCUAGUGAGAGAGGAGAUGAUGGGCCAGGUGGGCCCGGUGGGGCAGGUGGGGCAGGUGGGGCAGGUGGGCUAGCUGAGGCUGGUGGUCCCUAUGUCGGGCGGUCUCUCUCGUCCCUAUCUGGCGACUUGUCUUUCUGCGGGAGCUUGGAGGAUGCAGGGACUAUCGGCGACACCAGCGUUGGCACCGAGAGGGGUAGCUGUAGCAUCUAUAGCCGUGUGGUUGAUGGAGAGGGGUAUGGGUUUCCGGCGAGGACGAGAGGGUAUCUGUCAGCAGCAGCGACGGCAGCAGUAGGGGCAGCGUAUUUUGAGGCGCCUCAAGAGGGGUAUGUGUUUCCAGAGAGGUCGAGUGGGUGCGUGUUUGAAGCAGCGGCAGCAACAGCAGCGGCAGCAGCCGCAGCAGCCGCUGCAGCAGCAGCAGAGCAAGCAGCAGCAGAGAGAGCAGCAGCAGAAAGAGCAGAGGAGGCGUUAGCAGAAGAACCACUGCGGCAGGUGGUAACUGGAGCAUGUAGGAGAUUUGAGCCGCCGACUGAGAUCGUGCCAGUAAUAGAAGCAGAAGAAGACGAAGUGCUCAUCCUACCCUCAGCAGCAGCAGCUGCAGCCGCAGCCGCAGCCGCCGCAGCAGCAGCAGCGUCUGCUUUUGCUCCCGCUCCCACUGCUGGCCUGGGAAACCCUUCUGGUGCUGCUCGCACAGACCACCCUUCGCUAUUGUCACACAGCUCAGCCCGUCAAGCCGCUCGUUACAGUCACAACAAUCACCAGAUUCCCCGGGCCAUGCCGCCCAACCAGUGCUUCCUAACUCCUGUGCGCAUUGCUGCUCGUCGGGGGCUGUUUCGGAACGAGUGUGUGGCUCCUGCUGUGCUGGGAGCAGGAAACCACUCCCGAGGUGCUCCUGGGGCGUUGGGAGUGGGGAGUCAAAACAACCCCCACGGAGGAGGUCACUUUUCACAGUCCAGGGGUGGUGGAAAUAGUAGGGUGAGUGGGAGUCAGACUAUGGAUGGCGGGCGCGGGGUGAGGAGGGCGGGUGAGAGGUUGAGAGGAAGGAGUGAGGGUGGUAGAGGGGGUGGUGAGGAGAUUGGGAUGGGGAAUCAGCGAGCUACAUUGAGGCCUGUUGGGGGGUUGAGAUCUGGGGAGGUGAGGCGAGAGGGAGGGGCAGAGGGGAGUGUUGGGGGAGUUGCGGAUGUUGGGAUAAGGGGGAGUGCGGCAAGGGGGAGAGUGGUGGGAGGGGCAGAAUCAGGGGUAGAUGGAAGCUUGGGAAUGGCAGCAGGUGGAUUAGAGGGAGAAGGAUCAGGACCAGGAGGAGAUAUGUCUGUGGUAGGGGAGGGGAGGGAGGGGGGAGGUAGUGCUGGUGGUGCUGACAACACAAGGCGUGGAAGAGGAGGGAGGGGGGUGAGAGGGGGAGGAGCAGCGAGAAGAGGGAGAGGGAGAGGAGGAGAAAGAACGAGGGCAGAGAAUGCAUUGCACGAGAUACAAGAGGAGGAGAGGCAGGACGAGUUGCCGGACCAGGGAGAAGAGGAGUGCAGAGCUGCAGAAGGAGAGGGAGAAGCAGAAGGAGAGGGAGAAGCAGGAGGAGACUAUCUGAGCGAUGCAGCCACGCGCCUUUCCUCGGUGCAUGCGGACGCUCGUUUCUCUAGGCUGCCUUCCGUGCGGCAUGUGGUGGAGGAGGGAGAGUGUGAUGGCAGGGUGCAGGGAAGGGGGGCGGGCAGUGAGCGGGCGCCGCGGCGCUGGUGGCUCCUCACCGGCUCCUCGGCUUACCUGUGUGUGGCGUGCCCUGUGGUGCUGCGCCCUGAUGACGUUGGUGAUGGUGAUGGAUCAGAGGAUGUGGGAAUCGGUGGAGGAGGUGGUGUGGCUGGGAGAGUGCCUGCUGCUCCUUGCUCGUCGCCUCGUGAUUCGCCGAGGGAAGGUGCUGAUGUGGCUGAGUGGCGUGUAAACGGGGCAGGAGAAGCUGGAGAAGGCGAGAUGGAAGAAGUAGGAGGAACAGGAGGAGCAGAGCGGAGAGCAGUGCGAGCAGCAACGGCAGAAGAAGCGAGUGAAGAGGAAGAGGAUGAGGAAGAGGACGAAGGGGAGACAUGGCACAUGUGCAUGAGAAGGAGAGUGCGCACUAGAGAAGGCGGGGUAAUUGGUAGAAGGGCAGGAGGGAGACACGGAGAAGGUGAACAUGUUAACAGGGAAGGUGAAGGUGAUUACCCGGAUGGAGUAGAUGCAGCAAAUACCGAGACUGCUUUUAAUGGGGAUAUUUCUGCUGCCAGUGCUGGGGGCGUUGCUGCUACACAGGUGCAUGGGGCAUCAGCUGCAAGUGCAACUGCGCAUGCCUUGAGUGCUCGCAGUGGAGAGGGCAUGAGGAGCCGAGCCUUGUGGCGCUGGCAGCAGCAGCAGCAGCGCCUGAGGAACCAGUUCUCGCCCCUCCCCUCCCUCCUCUCCUCCCCCUCCCAUGCCCCUCGCACCGGCCAAUCCCGUCGUGACACGCGGCCCCGUGCGCUGAGUCAGAGCCAGCAGAAUCCGCGUCAGCAGCUGCCAGAGCAUCAGGAGGUGGGUUCGGGGCAGCAGCAUCUCGUGCCAGGUCAGCUUCUGCUGAGUCAGCAGCAGUCUGCGUCGAGUCAGCGCAGGUUGGGUCGGCGUCGCGUGUCUGUGCAUGGGCUAGCGGGCAGGCAAGUCAGGCAGAGAGGAAGUGGAGGGGACAGAAGAGCAACGGGGGCUGCGCCAGGGGCACGAUCGGAGGGAGUGCAGAGCGGUGAUAGUGAUCUGGAGGCGAAUGAAACAGAUAGGAGGGGUGGAGCGAUGGAGGGUGAAGAGGAAGAAAAUAUUCCUGCAGAACCUGAGGGUGGAGUUAGUGACAACGUGAGAAGGGUUGCGGCAGAAGAAAGGGAGGACGCUUUAGGAGCAGUAGAAGAGAGGAGUGCUGCUUUGGGAGUAGUGGAAGAGAGCGAGGCGAACAGUGGUUCGGGAGCGUUGCUACGGCAAGCAGGGAGUGGUGGUUCGGGAGAGAUCGAGGAGACCACAGGGGUGGCUGUAGAGAGGGGGAGGGAGAGGUUAGGUGGUGAGGAGGUGGUGAGGACAGCUGGGGAUGCAGCAGCAGGAGACUCAGAGGUAGAUACAUCAGGAGGUACAGGAGUGGCAGGGGCAGGGGGGGAGUUGGUGAGCUGUGGUGCUGCAAACAGUGUUGUGAACGGAGUCUGCUCACCUGCCGAGCCUACAGCAUCGGGUGAAAGUUCGGCAGAAGGUGAGGAGGUUGGGGAACCGAUUGGGUCGGAGAGUGUGUUGGAAGAGGGUGGCUGUCUGCAAGAAGCCGGCUCUUUGAACGAGCAAGGCGCUCGGGACGACAAUGCAAGGAACGAGGAAUGCUCUGAGGGAGUGGAAGACCGUGGUGUUAGUGACAGGCUAGCGGUCGGUUUGGCAGUGGCAGUGGGGGCAGCAGCAGGCAGCAGCAAAGGUGCAACUUGUGAGGUGCAGCAACAGGCGGUUAGCAUUGCAGAGCCGGCCGAGGGUAUUGACAUAGCAGGGGGUGUGCCAUCAGGUUGUGGUGCUGCAGAGAGAGGGGCGAAUGCAGUUGUGGCUUCUUUUGUACCAGCAGCCAUCGCCCCUUCAGAGGUCGAUGAGGGUGGGACUCAACCACCCUAUACCGCUGCUUGUACUGGUGAGACACCUCGUUCAGCGCCGGAUGCAGCACCUGAUGCGGCUCCUGGCACAAGACAAGUCCAAACACCUGAGGAAGCACCUGAAGCUGGUAGCAGCCAGACAGCGUCAACAGCAGCCACAGAUCCCUAUGCCAACUCACCAGCCAAUGCCACACUGGCUUCACAGCAACCACUCUCCACCCCUCUCUUUGCAGCAGAGUGGAAUGCCGCAGCAACCAUGUACCCUGCUUUUGUUGCACCUCCCCCCAUCGCACCGCACUCCAUUGCACCUCCCUAUACUGCACCUCACACCACUGCACCUCCCUCUAUUGCACCUCACACCAUUGCACCUCCCACUAUUGCACCUCACACCAUCGCACCUUCCCCCGUCGCGCCUCCCCCCAUCGCACCUUCCCCCGUCGCGCCUCCCCCUAUCGCACCUCACCCCAUCUCGCCUCCCCCUAUCGCACCUCCCCCUGUUGCACCUGCCCCUUUCCCGUCAACACUUUCCAUGCCCAGUCCCUCUUCCAUUGGCGAAGCAGCAGCAGCAGUAACAGCAGCAGGUGCUUUCCAUUCAUUCGUUCAUUCGAACACAGAUGCGCCACAGCCACAGGGUUAUCAGGUUACCGUGUUACCACAAGCACCAUCCAUGGGCACACCACCACAGGUGCUGCUGCCUUACACUCAUGACACACAGCAGACCUCACUACAGGCCUUACAGCCUGCCUUACAGCAGACAAUACUGCAGCAAUCUAUAGGCAUACAGCUCCUCCCCUCUAUGGGUCAGGAGCCUUCGCAUUCCACAUCCUCCAAUCCAUUUGAGUUCAGCCUUGCUCCUGUCCCCCACGCUCCCACUAAUCCGUUUGACCCAUCCCAUCCGUCCAAUCUGCCAACUUGUGAUCCAACCCCGGUGCCGAUGCUGGCCGUCAGCUAUGCUGCUUCUGCUGGGUAUUCCCUUUCUACCCCUCCUGUCCCUUCUGCCCCUCCUGCUGUAUUCGCCCCGGGCCCCCCUGUGCCCUGGCAUCAGACAUACCAACAGCAUGAUAAUGGGCCGUUGCCAGGUGCCACACAGAUGACCACUGUCAAUACCGCCUUGCCUGUGCCCACGGGAGCACGCAUGGGCUCCCCAUUGGCUCGAAGGGGGAGAGAUGGCCACACAGGCGCUGGGGUGUUGCAUUCAAGCAACAGCUUUAGCGGUGGUGGUGCUGUUGGGAGUAGUGGUGCUGCUGGUGGUGAGGGUGUGAGUGGUGUGACUGGUGGCAGCAGCCGAGGGGAGGUGGUCUUGAGGAUGCACGAGCAGAGGCAGCAGCAGCGGCAGCGUCUCAUGCUGCUUCGGCUGCAGCGCAUGCUGUUGACCCGUGGCGAAUCACCUAUUAACGAGGAUGGAGAAGCAGGAGAAGGGGAGGAGAGCCAGCAGCAGAGUCUGACCCACCAGCAGCAGCACCAGCUGUACGAGCAGUUGCAGCAGAGCCGUGGAGGAGGCAGGGACGAACAGGCACUGAUUGAUGCUGCGAUUGAGCAAGCCCUCUUCGGCUCCUCCUCCUCAUCCACUCUGCUUACCAGCAGUUCUGCUACCGCUGCUGCUGCUCCAGGUUCUAGUGGUAUCGAUUCUUCUCGUCCUGCUGUCUCAAUGAGGCUUCCAGCAUCAGCGCGUGUCGUGGCAGCAAUGGCAGCAGCAGGAACAAACGCUGGGGCAGGGAGUGGCAUCGGCAUUGGAACAGCAGGUACUGUAGCAGGUGCUGUAGGGGGUAAUGUAGCACGUAGCACAUCAGGUACUGUAGCAGGCAGUGUAGCAGGAGCAGGAGUGCCACUGGUAGCAGUGCUGGGAGGCCCGCCGAUUCAAGUGUCAUCCAGGCGAACCCAGAGCCCUGCUCUCACCCACACACACGCUUGGGGGGGCGGGGUAUCCAGCAGCAGAAGGCAAGUUGGGGUGGAACGACAGAGGGGAGGAGCAGAGGAGCAGGAAGAGGAGGGGCGCAGGGGUAGGCGUGGGGGAGGAGCGGUAAGAGGGAGAAGAGGGGGAGAGAGUAUAGGAGGAACAGUAGCUGGAGAGGAUGUUGAGGCGAGUGGAGAAGAGGAAGGGGAGCCUGGGGAGGCGGUGUGCUGUGUGUGCAUGGAGAGGCCGAGGAAGGCAGCAUUUGUGCCGUGUGGUCACAUGCUGUGCCGCAUGUGUGCUCAAGAGGUCAGGGACCGGCGCGGCAAGUGCCCUCUCUGCAAUAGGAAAAUCAAGGAUGUGCUUAAAUUGUACUGA